AUGCACUGGGAUGGCAAAAAUUGUAAUUGUCUGGACGCAGACCUGCCCUACGCGGUACUUCUGGCCUACUACGUUGGAACUUACCUUCGCUUCGGUUUAACUGCUGGCCUUUGCCCCAUCAUAAUGGGUAUCUCCUGCUAUAACAUCAUAAACUGGGUACGCAAAACUCCACCCAAGGAGCUGUACGACAGUUGGAACAUUCUGUCUCUUCCCGGCACUACGGAGGAACAAAUGAAGGCGCUGUGUCAUCCGCAGGGAUGGAUGACGGCUUCCCUCUGCUGUGUACCACUUUCCAUCGAUUUCUUGAUAAGCGGCAUAUUUGAAACAGGCUACAAAUGCCUAUGCGCAGCGGGCUUGUGCAUGAUUCAGCUCGACAAUCCAUUAUAUAAGGUCAGCAGAUUUCUGGGUGACAUGCGUUCGUUCUGCUUACCGAUCAUAAUCAUCGUCUACAUUCCGGCACUGCGCGCACUACCAGUUUUUGUCCAUCUGAAGUGUAAAGAGCUAGGAUGGAGGCUAUGGAUGAAAUGCAGGAAUUCUGAUCACCGUGACCAGAUGGAUUCCGGAAUUCACUAG